AUGGCUUCCCAUUCUGGGUUACUGGUCUUCACCUGCUUUCUCGCGUAUUCUGCAGCUUCACAUGUGAACAUCUCCUUGUCGAAUGUUCCAUAUCAGCUUAUCAUUGACUUGGACACAGUGCCGAGCUACCAACCGACUAUUGCCGACGAGGACAUCCGGUCCAUUCAGUUGGCGACGUUUUUCAGUGGGCCUUGCAACGCUCGGGUGAAUUUCACCCUGUACAAAUGCGGACUUAUGAUUUUCAAUACAAGUUCCGUGGCUCGAUCGGAUCCUACGUUUACUUUUGAGUCUAAAUGGAUUCCCUUAAUGCUCAAUGGAACGACUCAGGAAUGCAUCUCGGAAAAACCUCGAACGUACCUAAGCGAACUGUUUUUCAGCUCUAACUGUCUCUUUUUGCAGGUUGGCAAUUGUGGCUCAGUCUUCAUGUCCAGUAGAAGCGAUUUUCAACUUUGAGAAGGUUAUCAUAGAAAAUAUCGAUCAGAAAACCGGCUAUCCGAUGAUUGUGCACGUGCGGUUGAAUGAAACGAAGCAGAUCCAACGUUCUUUUCUGGACGGAUUCAUAAAACUGAUCGGUUUUCCAUUCAAACUCAUUUUGAGAAACAAUCAUCCUUUCCAGCAACUGCUAACCCUUAUUUCUCAGUGUACAUCAAAUCUGAAACAGCAGGGUCUUUCGAGUUAUCCGCUUGCAACAACACAUUCCUUCGUAUCGAAGAACCUGCCGCGUUCAAUAGGGAAUUCACAGCGACGGAGAAAAACACCCUUUCCCUCAUGAGCACCGUCAAGUGCACGACAUGGACACAGCAGUUGUAAGUGUGCACGUUCAGAUCAGUCUAUUUCAUGUUCAUAUUUCAUUACAGGCACGACUAUUCCAUCCGAUCGUUGUCAGGGGGAGGCGUGCUGACAAUUGAAGCAAGUCUGAAAGCGACCACAAACUUGCUCGAUGACGAAGAUGUUUUGAGAACAUUGAUGAAUAACGGCGCCUCGCAAAAUUGA